AUGCUCUUCUUCUCUUUUUGUUCUCUAGUCCAGGUGCUAUCAGUGCCCGCUCAUGGUUACAUACCUAUUGCAGGCGUCGCCUUAUUGUCCUCAAGCCUCAAGGAUUGGUCUGCUGAAAUUUCUUAUUAUCCUCCACACAUAGUGCUUGGAAUAGAACAAUAAGCAAGAAGUCUCAUGGAGCCUUAAAACCCUCUGUAGGCGCAGACAUCCAGUUACUCAACAAGAACCUGCUCGUCGCAGUUCACUGUCGUUCGUUUCGUUGCUGUUUCUCUUCGUUGCUGUAUCCACUACACACUGUAUCCUUUCUUUUCUGCAUCCGAUAGCCACCCUCGAUAUAACAUCAUAAUUAAUCUCUCACAAAACAUGAAUCACGGAACCGUUGCUAUCGCUGUCGUUCAUCGCCAGGUCGUUCUAAUUCAAGCCGCACGUUCACACAACCGCCGUGACCGAUGGCUUGAUGUUUACACAUACAAUCUUUUUGGCGAUGGCGUUUUCCUCGCCUCUGAUGUCCCACAAGCGCGCAUUGCAUCUUCAGACCUCCUUACCAUCUUCCCAUUCCGAACCACCACCACGGACAUGAUCGAGUUGUCCCCCAGGGCGUUCCAAGAAUACUUGGAGCUUAGCUCCAAAUACCAGAAGAGCUAUGAAAACUUAUGGCAAGGUCGGAAAGCAAGGCUGCGCUGAGGUAUGAGGUGAAGAGUUUGAGGGGUGAAUUGGGGAUUUUUACUCUUAUUCGGAUAUGGGCGUAUUAGACGACACCCAGAUAUACCAUCUGUAGCUCUAGUUUCUGUAUUUUUACUGAUUGUUUCCCUAGCUUUUCAUUUUUUCCAUGUAUUUUAUAGCCAGUGAUCUUAAGAAUAUGAUAUGCCAGUUCGUCUCAUGUAUCCUUUGGUCAUACAAAAUCCUAGCUCCUUGUGGCUCAUUUUAAUU